UGUGACCUCAACUGCGAGAUGAAAUAUGUCAGCUAUUUGCAUGAUUUGGACAAUGGUUAUCUUUCUGUUCCUCAUUCCGGUCACACAAGCUGCUCAGGAUUACGUUUUUGUGUCGGCAUGUCCUCUUGGAUCCUCAGAAUGGCAGACGGAGGCCACACGGAAAAAUUGUCAAGAGCCAACGCCCGACUAUCUGUGUGCAGCGAUAGAAAAUUCCCCUGGCCAGUACGGCGAAAUUUGCACCAAAUAUGGUUUAUCCCCAUCAGGGACGUGUGCAGUUCUCAAUGAACAGACGCAUAACUUGGACUCUGUUCCGUGUGAGGCACCAGCGGGAUGUCCAGACAAUCCCUACAAUCCAGGAGAACUUUAUAAUUGGCCAAUUUGUUUUGGAGAUUUUUAUGGAAAAGAAAGAACUAAAUCAACCAUAAGAACAAAAGUUUAUGAAAUAACAACAACACAGCUGUGGAAUAUAACGUUCGUUGCUGCUACCGGUGAAACACAAGAUGGGGACGGUGGACUGGUUACCGGAAUCGUUAUAAUGGUACUGCUCAUCGUAGUUGGCUCCCUUGUAGUGCUUUGUAUUCUGGAUAGGAAAUACAACUGGGGCUUGAGGAAGGCCAUAAGAAACCGUGUUACAGAUCAAUUUGGCCGAUUACAUACUCAGAGAACAGAGAGUUCCAUAACAAGAGAUGAAGAACAAGCAAAAAAUGACGAUGACAUAGGAAAGGAACGUUUGCUGUCAAGUAAUAGAGGAAAUGAUUUUCUGCCGCCAGAUCGAUUUGACCGAUUACCUGCUCAUAGAGAAGAAAGUGCCAUAACAGGAGGUAAAUUAAAUGAAACAUUGGAUUUUUAUGAAGAAGAACAAGCAGAAAAUGGCGAUGAUAUCGGAAAGGAACGUUUGCUGUCAAGUAAUACACGUAAUGAUUUCCUGCCGUCAGAUACGUAUGAAGAGCCAUUAUCAGGAUUAAAGACAACUACAGGAGAUGGUGUACUAGUUUUUGGAGGAACCAUUUCACAGAAACUUACACUUCUUCAACGCUAUCUCGUUAUUUGCCUAACAAAAUAUGUAGGCAUCGAGGAAUUGAAAGAAAAAAUCAUUCUAUUCAAAAGUUCUCUAGACGAACAUUUUAACGAAGUAUUGCUAGAACCCUUACAAAGCCUAAAGUCUUUGAAGGAUUAUGAAAAAAUAGAUAUGUUGGUAGUUUACAAUCUUCUUCGUAAUGUUUGUGAACACAUACAGCCGCCUACACGGGGGUGGGACUACGAACCAGAUGAUACUGACUUAGGACUGGGAGCUGAUAUUGAGAGGGUACGUUUAAUGUGGAAUAGAUACUGCGAUGGGAAGACCGUAUUUGAUAACCUUGAUGCUCUAUAUGGAAGAAUGCAGAAAAGAUAUGGAAUUCCUGAGAUGCAAAUUAAUGAAGAGCAGGAUGUUGACCAGUGCCAAGUGCUUAUAGAAAAACUAUCGCCAAGUGUUCAACUAAAGCCUGCAUGCGAAGUUAGAAGUGGGAUUGUCACUAGAAAACAAAUAACGUUGGUAAAGGAAAUCCUCAAUGAAAGUGGUUUAGUGAUUUGUAAAGGUGCAAUAGGAUGCGGGAAAACUAGUUUCCUGAAAUACUUCGAUGAGCUUUACAGAAAGUUUGGCUGGGCUGUAAAAUGGAGGGAGGAGAUGUUGAACAGCCCGGAUGUCGUUAUUAAAGAAAAUGAGAAGGUUCUGUUAUGUUGUGAUAACUUUUUUGGAACUUAUGAUAAAUGUGCCUCUAGCGCCACUUCAGAAAUUAUUGAUGUUUUGAAUUAUCCAGAAAAAAAUGAUCAAGGUGGCGAACUGAAAAUCUUGCUGGCUAUCCAUGAUCAUGUCUAUGAUGGGUUGCAGAGUAAUACAUCUUUAAAUAUUCUACAGAACAAACGAGCCGUAGUUGACUUAAACGAGUUAACCGAUGCUGAACAGAUGCUUAUUUUCAAAGAGCAAAGAAAGAAUGGCCAUUGUACCAUUGAUCUAAAAUGCUGGUUCCGGAGGGUUGAGUUUGAAUCGCUGAAAAAUGCGUUAAAAGGGAAUUCAGGAUUAAUCGGUGACCCGGGUUUAACUUUAUUAUAUUGUAACCAUCAUGCCAUUUUUGCCAACAAGGAAGCAACAUUAAACCCUUUGAAAACGCUGUGUUCUUUGUUUCAGAAUAUAUUGUCAGUAAAACCAGAUUUAUUCAAUAUUCUUGUGUUCACCAUGUUUAUUAAAACUCAUACCUUUGAUGAAGAGAUACCAGACUGGGCAGCAGCAGAACCGUUUGGUCUAACAGCUGAUGACAUCCGGGAAAAUAUCCGACAUCUCCAUGGUUACCUUGAUGUUUCUGUUGAUGGAAGGACAAUGAAAAUGAAACAUGAACUGUUCAGUAUCACUUUGUUCCACGUUUGUGCAAGAGAUCCUAUCUAUUUACCCACCCUUUUAAAUCAUUGCCACUUUGAGAUGAUAGAACAACUUCUUCGUCCACCCAACACUGAAACUCAGGCAGACUUUCCCAUCACAUUGGACGAAACCAAUUUCCAAAGACUUAUUUCAAGAAUAAUAAAAGACAAUUUGUAUGCGAAGCUCAAAAAUCAUCCUUUCUUGCAAAAUACUAAAUUCUGUUCAAGUUUGAAAAAAAGUUGUUCAAAAGACGUAUGGAAAAGUUUCUUUGCGAAUAAGUGAUCUAUCGUAUUAUGAAAUUUAAAAGAAGCAAUCAUCAGUAUAUAUUCAAUAUACUCUCAUAUUCGAAAAAAUCAAUAUGUUAUAAAAUUAAAACGAGUUAACUGAUGCUGAACAGAUACUUAUUUUUAAAGAGCAAGAGGAAUGAAGGGCAUUGUACCAUUAAUCCGAAAUGUUGGCUUUGAAUCGUUGAAAGAUGUGUUAAGAGAAAAUUUGAGAUUGAUUGGUGAUCCAGUUUUAACUUUAUUAUAUUUUAACCAUCAUGACAUAUUUGCGAAAAAAAGGGCUACAUUAAACCCUCUGAAAACGUUGUGUUCUUUAUUUCAGGACUUUUCGUCAGAAAAAAACCAAAGUUUUUCAACAUUCUUGUUUACACCUUGUUAACAAAAACUCAUACCUUUGAUAAAGAGAUACCAGACUGGGCUGCAGCAGAACCGCUUGGACUUACAACUGAUGACAUCUGGAAAAAUAUCCGGCAUAUCAUGGCUACAUUGAUGUGUCUGUUGAUGGAAGGACGAUGAAAAUAAAGCAUGGACUGUUCAGCAUUGCUCUGUUCCACGUUUGUGCAAGAGAUCCUAUAUAUUUACCUGCUCUUUUAAAUCAUUGCCACUUUGAGAUGAUACAGGAACUCUUUCGACCACCCAACAUCGACUCCCAGUCAUACUUUUCCAUCACAUUGGAUGAAACGAAUUUUGAAAAACUUAUUUCUAGAAUAAUGAAACACAAUUUGUAUACGAAUCUCAUAAAUCAUCCUCUCUUGGAAAAUACCCAAUUCUGUUCGACUUUGAAAAAGAGAUGUUCUGAUGACGUAUGGAAACUUUUCUUUGCGAAAAAGUGAUUUAUCAUAAGAUGAAAUUUAAGAGAAUGAAUCGCCAGGAUAUAUAUUCAAAAUACCAUCAUAUUUGAAAAAAAAUCUAUGUUGUAAAGAAAUUUGAAAUAACAUUCUUAAUUUUCGUUUUUAGUGUGAUCAAAGUAACUAACAACAAGUUAGAUACGACGCUAUAUUUUUACAAAAUACUAGUAACUCUAAAAGGGUCUCACUGCAAGUGGAAUUUU